UUCAUUUUUGAAAUUAACAAGCGAAAGGGGGUGGAAAGGGGAAUGCGCAAUAACGCUACGCUUGUUUGUUUCCCAUCGUCCCUGCAGAACAAUUUAAAUAAUUGUACAGUAUAAAAUAAGUGAAAAGUGCAACAAACACAGUGACAGUGUGCGUUAUUUACAUUGCAAAAAUCAAAACAAAUCCCAAAAUGCCCAGGCCAAAGGCGAAAGCGAAGGCAAAACCCAAAGCGGCAGCGUCCAAAAAGAAGGCGGCCACGACGACCCAGAACAACAAUGCCGUUUCGGCGGAAAAGGAAAACGAGAUGGAAAUCAGUGAUGCGACCUCCGUUUCCAGUCGGGAACAAUUCAGAGGUGGCGCGGAGUCCAUGUACGCAAUAAUGCGUCACGCUGAACUCAAGGAGUCGCUCCACCAGCGCUACGAAAAGGAGCUGCAGCAACUGUACUCGAAGAUGGGACACCAAGCGUUUCUGAGCACAUUCAUCAAUGUGUUGAAGACUGUACUCGAGGCCGAGGAGAGCAACGAAAAUGGAAACAUGGCCCUGUCCUUUUGCGCCAAGAUCGUGGCCAGCUUCGAGUCGGAGAAGACGCAUCCGGUGCUGGCCGAAACAUUCCACUGGCUAUUGACAAUAUAUUCGAGCAGCCCUUACGUUCGCUAUCGGAUUUGCUACUUUGUGAAUCUGAUACUUGAGAAACUGGGACCCAAUGCGGCACUCGACGACACGCAGUGCGACGAGAUUCUCGAGACUAUGCUGGAGCGCGUGAAGGACGUGUCGGCCAGUGUGCGCAAGCAGGCAGUCCUGGCCAUGCAGCGUCUUCAGAUUCCAGACAAUCCCAGCGAUCCAGUUGUCUGCGCCUAUCAGUUCCAUCUCUCCUCGGAUCCCUCGUCCACCGUGCGCCAGUGCAUUAUCACCUGCAUGGGCCGAAACUACAUCACCGUGCCCUACAUACUGCAGCGUCUGUGGGACGUGGACGAGAAGGUGCGCCGCCAUACGUACGUCAACAUGUGCAACUAUCCAGUGCGCUCCUACAAGGUGGCGCAGCGCCUGACCUUGCUGGAGCAAGGUCUGAACGAUAGCUCGGCCAACGUUAAAAAGACUGUGGUGAACAUCAUGCUCAAGGCCUGGAUCGACUCCUAUCAACAGAACUAUUUAGCUCUGAUAGCGGCCCUCAAGCUGGACUCCAGCGAGGAGGAGCUGAUGCGCUUCCGCUGCGUGACCAAGCAAAUGUUGCGUGUGAUCUUUGAGCAGACCGACAACCAGCAACUGAUGGCCCAACUGCCCCUCAGCGACGACUGUGAGCUGCAUCGAUGUGUGCCGCUGGAAAAUCUCAACGUUGAGCUGUUGCUCUAUUGGCAGUGCCUCGGCGAGUAUCUGGAGAGCACGCAGGCGAACGAGAGCGACCAGGUUCUGCCCGAACUGAGUGUCUUCUGUAGCUAUGUGGACAAGUUCUGUCAGUUUCAGAAGCCGGACAUGGACAAGUUUGCCCAGAUAGAGUUCCAGAGCAUGCUGCUCUCGCUGGUGGAAAUCCUGGACUCGUACGACCUGGGCGACGAGAUCGGGCGUAGUAAUAUGAAGAUGUUGAUCAGCAAUCUAUUGAAGGACUGUCUGCUCGACCACAAGAUCGUCUGCGUGCUGGUGCGUUGCAUGGAGAAGCUGAUCACCGACCUGAACGACCGGAUGCAGUUCUUCAUUGAGAUCAUCUACGAGACGUGCGACCUGAAUACCAAACAGAAUGAGCUGGUGCACGAUCGCAGCCUGAUCAAUAAGUUGCUGGACGACUUGGACACACCCUCGAAGAUGAAAAUCUCUUCCCUGAAGGUGAAGAUCCUGGAGCUGGAGGAGCAGGAAGAUAACUUUGUGCGCCAGAAGGAGUAUAUACGGGCGCAGUCCGUCAACGAAGAGAAGAUGGCCGUCACAGAGGAGUACACGGAGCUGAUCAAGCCGCUGCUGGUGAAGCAUGGUGUUAUGGAGAUGCCCGCCCGACCGAAGCUCUCCAAACAGGAGCGUGUCCUCAAGGGCCUGUACACCUCAUACUAUAUGGUGGCCUCUCCGCAUGUACACAAGCUCACGCCCAGCAUCUGUAAGCUGUACAAGGACUUCAUCUGCCGCCAUCUUCCCUCCUCGGAGGUGGACAUCUUCGAAUGGGCCAUCAAGUGUGGCACCACCUACAGUAUGUUCUAUGAGGCAUAUGCCAAGGAGGUGUUCGAGGUGGUUCUCGACCAGUUCUGCAACAACAACGUUGUCCGUCUCUGCGAGACCUCUGCCAGGUGUAUUCUCGAGCUGCUGGAUCACUAUGGCAUCGACUAUUUCAACGAUUUCAACCAGACGACAGGUGGAGGAGGGCUGGCGUCCAAGACAAAGCGUCGCCAGCUCUAUAAUGUGCAGGAUAUGUACGACGGCGAGGACGAUGGCAGUCAGACGCAGAGUAGCGAGCAGAGCACCGACAUCAUUGUCGUGAUGGGCCACUAUGUGGAACGGGUGGUCAACAAGGGCGUGGGCCUGGCCAUAGUGCGUGGCUUAUGUCGCCUGGUGCUGCGCGGCCACCUCGACGAUAGGCCCGAGGUGCUCGAGCAGCUGCUCAAACGUUACUUCAAUCCGAACACAGAGCCCGUCAUCAGCCAGGUCCUGGGCAUGUUCUUUGAGAAUCUUGUCCGGCUCAAGAAGCAGGCCCUUCUGCAGCCCUGCCUUCUGCCCACUGUGUGGACCGUCAUUAACUGCAGCUUCGACUCGCCCUUGAACGGCGUCCAGCCCGAUCACGUAAUCAAGUUCUUUAUCGAUCUGACGACACAGGAAGCCAGCUCCCCGAUGAGCAACAUACACAACAGGAUCGCCCUGAGCUUCCUGCACUACAUUCAAAACUAUUUCACCGAGCGCAGGGAAAUGUGUCGCCUGCUGGCCAAGGAACUCACCAACCUCACUGUAAACGUGUUCAACGGACGGGAAAUCAAGACUGAAAUGUUGGAGAUGGCGGACAAACUGAUCACGAGCGAGUUGGAGCCGCGUGUGGUCAAGAAUAUUAAUAACUUCAAGAUGAUGGUUGACGGAAGCUUUAAUCCACCCGCACGUGAGGCACGCGACGAGCUGGACAGCGACGAGGAGUGCGACACUGCGACUGUGACUACAAUGGCAUCUGAAAAUGUUGGGCAGCCAGAGCAGGUGGCAGUCCCCCCAACGCCUGUAGAAUCUGCCUCCGAACAGACCCUGACAAAUGCAUCAGAUUCACAGGCUGAAGCACCAACUUCCACACCAAGUGAAACUGCGCCAGUUGCAGAGCCUGUCUUGACCACUUUCGGCACUGAAAAUCGAGUGGGACAACGUUUCCUGCGACGCUCUCUAUAUAACUCUAGAUGCUCCAGUGAUAAUGCCACACCAGAGGAACCAGUGGAAACGGAUGCGGCCGAAACAUCCAAAAGAAAUCUCCGUCGGCCGCAGAUGAAGCGACGCCUACAGCAGGCAUUGGCGAGAUCUUCCAAGACACCGGAGAAGCAGCCGCAAGAGCAGGAAGAACCCGAUAACUCAGCCGAAUCUGAGCAAAAUGAAUCUCUGCAAAGUCCCGCCCGGACAGACAAGUCGGACACAUCCGAGGUAAUUGAAGCCUCGCCCACCUCCGAAUCACCCAAAGACGCGGCGGCUCCCAAUGCCAGCCACCUGCGCCUGCGCUCGUUGCGCACCAGAUCCGCUGCCGUAUCCACAUCCAUGUCAAUCACUGCCCCCACAGCUAGCAAAGUUCGCAAGGUCCUGCAUCUUGAGACGCCGCUGCGUAAUGGACGCAAGCGCGUCAUUAGACGGACGCCCUCAGAUCCACGGAAAUCCAGCCAGCGUGCCAGCAAUUCGUUGGAGUCGCCCUCGCGAAAACAGCCUCGCGUUGAUGAAAAGACACAGACGAGUGAACUGGUGUCGCAAAACACAAACAGCCCCACGGACAGCACGUCCUCGGUGAAGGAGAACCGAGUUCCAGUGAUUACCAGAGCUCCAGAAUCGCAGUCAGAGGCAGAAUCCGUGUCGGAAUCGGAGCCAUCGACCUCCAGGCAAACAUCGACGAGGAGCUAUUUGUCCCGCACCACCACCACAAGUACCCCCAAGGUGACAACACGCCAUGCGGCACAAAAGGAGAGGCUCAACAGCAUGUGCAUGACACGCAAGAGGAUGUCCCUCGAAAUGAAUCUGAGCGGCGGACAGCUGAAGGUGUCCACGCCCAAGCGUAUAACGCGAUCCGUAGUGUUGCCUGCCACUGAAGGCGGCGGCACUCGCAGCAGCAGCAGGAGGAAAUAGCUAAUCCAAUAAUAGUCCUUUGCAUUCUACGCUUUUCGUUCCUUAUUGGUAAUGUAUGCGAGUUUAAUGUGCAUUGGUUUUGUGUAUAUGUGUAAAUUAGGUAGCAAUAUUAACGCAUCGUUGAUUAAUUUAACCCAGAUUAAGAAUAGAUUUUUCCAAGCGAGCACUGCACGGGAAAAUGCUCAACGCUCUUGCAAUGUUGGCUCGAAAGAGCGUUCACUGUAACGAUUGUUAAAUGUAAUAAUAAAGUUUUCUACUUCAUAUCCGA